GAGCCAGAGUGCACGCCAGACGCGGCCGGGCAGGCACUCCUCGUCUCGCACGCCUGGGGCCAGCCUUGGAACUGGGAGGGGUAUUUCGGCGACAGGGUUUUCCACCAGGUGAAGGACGACCUGUGCGCCCGCGCCGGGCUCGCGGCCGCAGCUCUCCGGGGCCUCGCCGGCGACGCCGCGGCGGGGCCGGGCGGCCUCGACGGCGCGCGGGUGUGGCUGGACCGUGCUUCGCUACCGGCGCCAGUGGCCCUGGACGGGUGGGGGUC